AUGCCUUCAUCCUCACCAGCAGCAUUCGACAAGGAGAAGCAGCUCUCCAAGACUCUCUCGGGCGCGACUGCAGCCGAAACUCACUGGUUCCUCCUCCCUCCCAAAGAUGUCGCCUCACGCCUUGAGACCAGCAUCGACGACGGCCUCACCGCCAACGAGGCGACGGCGAGGCAGAAGCGCGACGGGCCGAACGAGCUGAUGGGCGGCGGAGGAGUGUCAAUUUGGUCUAUCCUUGCGGGACAGGUCUUUAACGCCAUGGUCCUCGUUCUCGUCGCCUGCUUGGCCGUCUCUUUCGGCAUUCAGAGCUGGAUCGAAGGCGGCGUUAUCGCCGCAGUUAUCCUCAUCAACGUUGGCGUCGGUUUCGUCCAGGAGUACUCGUCCGCCAAAACGAUGGACUCGCUCCGCUCGCUCGCCUCGCCCAACGCGCACGUCAUCCGCAACUCCAAGAUCGUCACCAUUCCCUCCCCCGAAGUCGUCGUCGGCGACAUCAUCGAAGUCAAGACAGGCGACACCAUCCCCGCCGACCUUCGCCUCGUCGAGACCGUCAACUUCGAGACGGACGAGGCGCUCCUUACUGGCGAGUCGCUCCCCGUCGCCAAGGACGCCAACGCUAGCUGGGCUGAAGAAGCCAAGGCCAGCGACUUUGACCCGCGCGACAUCGGCGUCGGAGACCGCAUCACGAUGGCCUACUCCUCGAGCACCGUCACGAAGGGCCGCGCGAAGGGCAUCGUCGUCGGCAUCGGUAUGAACACCUCGAUUGGCGCAAUUGCCCAGUCCUUGCGCGGAGGCGACUCAAAGGUCCGCAAGGUCCGCAGGAACGACGACGGCCACGCUCCGUGGCACCGCUACCCUGCCGCCUGGGCGCUCACGACGAUCGACAUCAUCGGUCAGUUCCUCGGAGUCAACACCGGCACGCCACUCCAGCGCACGCUCUCGUGGCUCGCCAUCGCCCUCUUCUUCAUCGGAUGCCUCUUCGCCCUCUUUUGUUUCGCCGCCAACUCGUUCCGCGGCAACAAGGAGAUUAUCCUCUAUGCCAUCGCGACUGCCCUCUCGAUGAUCCCCGCCUCGCUCGUCGUCGUCCUGACCAUCACCCUCGCCGGCGGAACGCGCGCGAUGGUCGCGCGCCAUGUCAUUGUCCGGAAGCUCGACUCCCUGGAGGCGCUCGGAGCCGUCACUAACAUCUGCUCCGACAAGACGGGCACGCUCACACAGGGCAAGAUGGUUGUCCGCGCCGCCUGGCUUCCUUCUCGCGGCACAAUCAGCGUCGGCGAGUCGAACGAGCCAUUCAAUCCUACCAUCGCGCAACUCUCCUUCUCCCCCUCUUCGCCCGCCAAAUCCGCCGACCAAGCCGACAAGCCUGCGGCCUCCUCUCCCUCCUCCGAAUCUGCUCCGCCUCCUGCAACAGCCGAACCAACCACCCCCGACGCACUUCUCGAGAAAGGCGGUUCAGAACUAUCGACGCUUCUCAACAUCGCCAGCAUGUGCAGUACCGCCAAGGUAUUCAAGAAGGAGGGCGAGGGAUGGACGGCAAGGGGAGACCCGACCGAGUGCGCCAUCCAGACUUUUGCGCAUCGGUUUGGGUGGGGAAGGGAGAGGUGGAUUGAGGGCGAAUCGCCGGAGUGGACUCAAGUCGCCGAGUACCCUUUCGACUCUGAUGUCAAGCGCAUGAGUGUCCUCUAUGCCCGCAAGGAGAAGCAGUUCGCCUUCAUGAAGGGCGCCGUCGAGCGUCUCAUCGACGCUUGCUCGCAAAUUCAGCUCGAAGACGGACCGGCCCCUAUCGACGACUCGAUCAAGGAGGAGAUCUUCGCCAACGUCGAAGCCCUCGCCGAGCAAGGCCUCCGCGUCCUCGCUCUCGCCGCCAAGCCCUGGUCCGGCGCUUCCAGCUCGUCCGGCAACCCCGACCGCGCACAGAUCGAGACCGACAUGACCCUCUACGGACUUGUCGGAAUCUACGACCCCCCUCGUCCCGAGACGAAGGGAUCCGUCCGCAUGUGCCACGAGGCAGGCAUCCAGGUUCACAUGCUUACGGGCGACCACGCUGCGACUGCGAGGGCCAUCGCGCUUCAGGUCGGCAUCCUCCCGCGCAACGUCAACUUGAUAUCGAAGGACUCGGCAAAGGCGAUGGUCAUGACUGCCGCCGAGUUCGACAAGCUCUCGGACGACGAGGUCGACAAGCUUCCCCUCCUCCCGCUCGUCAUCGCCCGCUGCGCUCCUCACACCAAGGUCCGCAUGAUCGAGGCGCUUCACCGUCGCAAGGCAUUCUGCGCAAUGACUGGCGAUGGCGUCAAUGACAGUCCUUCGCUCAAGCGCGCCGACGUCGGCGUUGGAAUCGGCAGCGGGUCGGAUGUCGCGAAGGACGCGAGCGACAUCGUUCUCGCCGACGACAACUUCGCCUCGAUCCUCGCUGCUGUCGAAGAAGGUCGCAGGAUGUUUGCCAACAUCCGCAAAUUCGUCCUCCACCUCCUCGCCGGGAACGUCAUGCAGGCGCUCACGCUCCUCAUCGGGCUCGCCUUCAAGGACGAGAACGACUUCUCCGUCUUCCCCCUCGCGCCCGUCGAAAUUCUGUGGAUCAUCAUGAUCACGUCGAGUCUGCCGGCGAUGGGUCUCGGAGCCGAGAAGGCUGAAGUCGACAUCAUGCGUCGCAAGCCGCACAACCUCAAGAUGGGGGUCUUCGCUCCCGAGAUCAUCAUCGAUAUCCUCGUCUACGGCCUCGUCGGCGCAGGCUGCUGUCUCGGCGUCUUUACCUUGAUCGUGUUCCACUGGGGCAACGGCGACCUCGGCAUCGACUCGAACAACAACAUCUCGGGCAACCCGGGCUCGCAGCUCGUCUUCGAAGCUCGCUCGGCGACGUUUGCGACGAUGGUCUGGAUCCUCUUGUUCCUUGCCUUCGAGUGUAUGGACUUGCGCCGCUCGCUCUUCAAGAUGGACCGCACGCCUGAGCACCGUUACACGCAGUGGCUGCACGACGUCUGGGCGAACCAAAUCCUCUUCUGGUCGGUCGUCGGCGGCUUCCUCACGCCCUUCCCGCUCGUCUACAUCCCGGUCAUCAACGACGUCGUCUUCAAGCACAAGAGCAUCUCGUGGCAGUGGGCGCCGGCCUUCGUCGCGACAGGCAUCUUCAUGAUCUUCGCCGAGGGCUACAAGUACGCCAAGCGCGCCUUUAUCCGCCGCCGCCAUGCGAAGCACCCCGAGGAGGACGACGGCAUGACGGGCGUGUUCUCGGCGUGGAAGACGAUGGACCCGACGACGCGGGACGGAAAGGACGUCGUGUAG